ACCUCAUCGCAUUUUCUGCUGCGGCAAACACCGGCUUCAUAACAAGGACCACAAAGACGAACUCGGAUGUCUACGGCCUCCGCUUUCUCCAUGGCAUGAGGUUACUCAGCUUGGUCUGGAUCAUGCUGGGGCACUCGUACGGCACCAUUUCGGACACACUGUCCGGCAUGGCCAACAACAUUGGGUAUUUCGAGAGAUGGGAAAACAUGAUCGUGACCGGGGGCUACCUCAGCGUUGACACGUUCUUCUUUCUGAGUGGUUUUCUGAUGUGCUACACAAUCGCCAAGCAAAGAGCAAGUGGAUGGAUAAUAUUUCUUCUGGCUACGAUCCGCAGAUUCAUCAGGUCAACGACACCGGUCUUCUUUAUGAUUAUGUGCAUGUACCUGCUGCCCGCAAUAACGUCUGGACCGGACGCAAAAAGUUUCUUUGACAAGUUUUACUACGAAGUCAACAACCACUGGUGGGACUUGCUGCUUCAAAUACGGAAUUUCCGCGGGGAAAUCACUUUCUCUGUGCUGCCACAUAUCUGGUACCUGUCUGCCGAUUACCAACUUUUCCUUGUUUCCCUGGUGAUCGUCCUGCUGUUAAAAAACCGCCACAGAUGUGCCAUCGGAGCCUUCGUCCUCCUCUCCCUUCUGAGCUGUUCACUGGCUACGUGGCAAGUGGCCGGCACACACAUGAAUCCGUUCAUGGUGGCCAUGACCGAGACCGUACCAAUGCUAAUGGAUACCAUGAACAACUAUUAUGUCCUGCCUUUCUACCACGCCGUCGCCUAUUUUUCUGGAUGCAUCACAUAUUUUCUCAUGAACGAGUACAAGGAGCGGCCUCUUUCGAAGGCAUUACAGGUCAUCGCCUGGUGCGUGUCGCUGGCAGCCGGCUUGUGCUGCCUGUUCAUGAAGAUCGGUUGGUACCAGCAGCGGAAUCCAACUUCAGAGUCCGGGAAGCUGUUCGCAGCCUUCUUCGACCGCAUUCUCUGGUCGCUGUGCGUGUCGUGGAUUACGUUUGCCUGCUCGACGGCCAGAGGAGACCAGCUCGUGGACUAG